AUGUAUUCAACUGUACUGAUUCAAUACGUAGACGUAAACACGCCAAGACUUCCUAGAGGUACACGUACAUGUUUACAGUGGAAAACAAUGACACCAUUUCCGAUGGAUUCGCUGUCCAACUGGUUGACAGGUUUGAUGAUAGCGACAUUGUUGAUCUUAAUAACAAUAAAGUACCUUGAUUCAAGAAGAUGGAACUUACCACCAGGACCCUUCGCUUGGCCAAUCAUAGGUAAUGCUACAGUUCUCAUGGCAACUCCAGAUGACAACGCUGGCGCAAAAAGAGUAUGGGAUUUCACAAAGAAGUACUCGAGCGACAUUGUCUCGAUGCGAGUGGGGCGACGACCUGCAGUAGUUUUGCAUAAAAUACGAGAUGUCCGAGAAGCUUACUCAAAAGAAGCAUUCCAUUAUAGGCCAAAGGUUCUCGGAAUUAGUUCCAAAGGUAUUUUUGGAAAUAAUGGACAACGAUGGAGAGAACAGAGGCGUUUUGCAUUGCAUACACUGCGAGAUUUCGGUCUGGGGAAAAAUAGAAUGGAGGCGGUUAUUCAAUCUGAGCUUGACUAUUCCAUUAAUGAGAUCUCACGCCAUGAAAGCGGUCCCUUUGAUACGACCGAUCUCGUCAGUAACGCCACCGCAAAUGUUAUCAGCUAUCUGGUUUUUGGGCACAGGUUCGAAUACACCGAUGAAACAUUUCUGGAAAUGACUCAAAUGGUGUCUCAGUUAUUCUUGUACGCAAGGGAAGUUAGUAUACAGCAAUAUAUUCCCUUUUCCAAAUAUUUACCAUUAAAUGGGAAAUCGAAACUUGACCAGGCACUGGACAGACUUUUCAAUGGAAUAUACAAACCGGAGGUUGAUCAGCAUCUGAGAGACUAUGACCCAAAUAAAAUAGAAGAUUACAUCUCGGCGUUCAUAAAAGAAAUGAAGGAGCAUGAAGGUACUACAGAACAACAUUGGUUCACGGAGGAGCAGUUGUUGUAUAACAUUGGGGAUCUCUUCCAAACUGGUACGGACACAACAGCAGGAUCAAUCAGGUGGACGCUACUUUGUAUGGUGAAAUAUCCAGAGGUUCAAAAGAAGGUGCGUGCCGAAAUCCGUGACAACAUAGGUUUUGAAAGACCCCCUUCAAUGGCGGAUAAGCUACAUCUCCCCUACACAGAAGCGACGAUCCUAGAGGUCCAGAGAAAGUAUGGGGUGGUUGCCCCUCUGUUAUUGGUCCACCAAACUACCGAAGCAACGCAAUUAAAGGGAUACAAUCUUCCACCAGACACAUUAGUUGGAGCCAAUCUGUAUGCAAUCCAUAAUGACCCUGAACAUUGGGGAGAUCCAGAAGUCUUCAGACCAGAGAGGUUUCUAGGGGAUGACGGGAAAGUGAAACGAGAUGAUCAUUUCUCAGUUUUUUCAGUUGGUAAAAGACAAUGCCUUGGUGAAUCCCUCGCUAAGAUGGAGCUUUUCAUAUUCUUUGUUGGAUUGAUGCAAAAGUUUGAAGUGAGAUUACCUGAAGGAGCAAGUGAACCAGUGAUGAGACCUAAACUGAACCACUCCACACAAUCGCCUAUACCAUAUAGCGUACGCUUUGUAUCAAGCGUUUGA